UUAAAAUAAUUUAGUAUUCUUUCACCUAAUUCUAUUUUGUUGAUUUAAGCGACAAAAUGGAGGAAAAAACUUCGAAGGGUAAAAGUCAUGCCGAUGAAUUUACUGUUUUACCCGCACAUAUGAGUGGUGGGCCAAAAGGUUUAGGUGACCCAGAUGACAGAACCUUGCGAGUACUAGAAAAUGAGCUGAUAUCAAAGAGAAUGAGAGAGGAGUCUAGGAAAUUAUGUGUUGAUGAUGUUAAGGGAUUCGACGACUGUGUGUCAAAAGCUGGUUUUUUCUUCUUCAUAAAGUGUCAAUCUGCAAGUAAAACAUUGAGGAAAUGUCAAUUGAAUUGGUUUAACAAUGAAGAAUUCAGGACAAAAAUCACAGAAAAAUACCUGGACGAACGUGCCGAAUAUCGGCGGACCGGAAUUACUCAAAAAAUGAAAGACUUAGAAAAGAAAAGGGAGCAACAAUUUGAGGAAUGGAUGAAACACCAAAAUGAAAAUAAGAACACCAGUGCAUCAUGAGGCUGUGUUUGAAGUUGGAAAUUGUUAACAGUUAUCUUUUGUGUUAUGUUUUCAUUUUGUGAAGUUUUGUUGUUUUGACCAGAUUUCAAGUUUAAUAAUGGGAUAUGUAAAAUGAGAAUUUUGAAAUCUAGAUGAAAAGCUAAUAUAAUAAAGAUAUACAGAGGAUUUAUAAGGGACUUAAAAAGUCCAUUUGCUGUACAUGUAUUUUAACAAAAACUGUAUUCAUGUAUUCACCAUAUGUAUAGUGCUAUGAUAGUUAUUAUCAAUGAAGGUUUUGAGAAAACUGCUGCUAAAAUCAUGAAUCAAACUUUUGCUCAGUUUAGCACACAAAAAACAUACAAUAUGUAAAGAUGGAAAAAUGAAAACGAAAAUAAAGUUUGAACAUGUAUAA